AUGUCCUCUCUUCCUCCCGUCUAUAUCGUAUCUCACGCCCGUACGCCUGUGGGCUCAUUCCUUGGCUCCCUGUCCAGCUUGACUGCCCCCAAGCUUGGUGCCCACGCCAUCAAGGCUGCUGUUGAGCGUGCCGAGGGUAUCAAUGCCUCUGAUGUCGAGGAGGUCUUUUUCGGCAAUGUCUUGUCCGCUGGCGUUGGCCAGAACCCUGCCCGCCAAUGUGCCAUUGGCGCUGGUCUCCCCGACUCCACCGUCUGCACCACCGUGAACAAGGUCUGCGCCUCCGGCCUGAAGGCCAUCAUCCUCGGCGCCCAGACCAUCAUGACAGGAAACGCCGAUGUUGUCGUCGCUGGUGGCGCCGAAUCCAUGUCGAAUACCCCUCACUAUCUGCCCAGUCUUCGCACCGGAGCCAAGUACGGCAAUCAGAACAUGGUGGACGGGAUUAUGAAGGACGGUCUGCAGGAUGCUUAUGGCAAGCAGGAACUCAUGGGUUUGCAGGCUGAGGAGUGUGCUCAAGACCACGGCUUCAACCGCGAACAGCAGGACGACUAUGCUAUCCGCACCUACGAGAAGGCUCAGGCUGCUCAGAAGGCCGGUGUCUUUGACUACGAGAUUGCCCCUAUUGAGAUCCCCGGCUUCCGUGGCAAGCCCGGUGUGACUGUUUCUCAGGAUGAUGAGCCCAAGAAUCUUAACCCCGACAAGCUGCGUGCCAUGAAGCCCGCAUUCAUUCCCGGUACCGGCACUGUGACUGCUCCCAACUCGUCCCCGCUCAAUGACGGUGCUGCCGCAGUUGUCCUGGUUUCCGAGGCCAAGAUGAAGGAACUCGGCCUGAAGCCUAUUGCCAAAAUCCUAGGCUGGGGCGAUGCUGCUCAACAGCCCAACAAGUUCACUACUGCGCCCGCAUUGGCCAUCCCCAAGGCUCUCAAGCACGCUGGCGUGACUCAAGAGUCUAUUGAUGCCUUUGAGAUCAACGAGGCAUUCAGUGUUGUGGCCCUUGCCAAUAUGAAGCUGCUUGGCCUUUCCGAGGAAAAGGUCAACAUCCACGGCGGUGCCGUGGCCAUCGGUCACCCUCUGGGCGCCAGUGGUGCCCGUAUUGUGUCUACCCUGAUCGGUGUCUUGAAGGCGAAGCAGGGUAAGCUCGGCUGCGUCGGCAUCUGCAAUGGUGGCGGUGGGGCGAGUGCCCUGGUGAUUGAGUCCCUUCUUUAA